CGUAUUAGUACAUUCGUAAUAAUGUAUCUUCCAGGCACUCAAUAUUCAGUUUAUGAAUACCUAAGAUCGGCUUGCGGCUGCAUGUGGCUGUGCAUCUAUGCCCCGUCUUCGCGCUGUGACCUUCAUUGGCAUAGCUGGCACCACUGCUUUGUAUUUUCUCUACCCUUCGCCAUCCAAGUCUGCUUCCACAUUUAAUGACACGCCACUAUUGCCGUCGCACUUCACACCGGCGUCCGUGACGUCGAGAGAAUCCUGUGGCCCCAAUUUCCGUCUCAUUACCCUUACCGUUCCACCCAAGCUCAUACCACCAAAGUCGUCCUUCUCAACGAUAUGGUCUGUUUUCAUCAAAGAUGAUGACAUUCAGGUAGAGCGUCCGUAUACGCCCUUGGAAGGCAUAGACGAGCACGGGAACAUGAAGUUUUGGAUCAAGAAGUAUCCUCAUGGCGAAGUAGGUCGAUGGCUCCACUCCAAGCAAGUAGGCGACAAGGUCGAGCUCCGUGGACCCUUGCAAACGUGGCUGUGGAAAGACGAGGCUUGGGAUGAGGUGAUCUUGAUAUCGGGAGGUACAGGUAUCACGCCUUUCUACCAGCUCCUCCAUUCAACAUUUCAAAAUCCGUCAUCAAAAACGCGCUUUACGCUGUUACAUUCGUCGCGUUCCCCAUCUGAGCUUCCUCCGCCAGAAAUUCUCGUGCCGCUGAUUGCCAGUAGUCAUACAAGUCCGGAACGCUUCCAGAUGAAGCUAUUCGUGGAUGAGAUGGAGAAGGAAGUUCCUCUUGGUGUGACGCCGCGGCUGGGGCGCAUAGACAGGCAUGUCAUCGAGGGUUGCCUGGGAUAUAAAGCGUCGUGGUGGCAUAAUAUUUUUCGAGAGCAACGUCGGCCUCUUCCUCCACAGAAAGUUCUGUUCAUAAUUUGCGGCCCAGAACCAAUGAUUAGUGCUAUUGCGGGACCUUACGGACAGAACUAUUCUCAAGGACCCGUACUAGGUAUUCUGGGAGAACUUGGCUUUACUUCAAAUCAAGUGCGGAAGCUAUGAAACAAGAUGCCAUGGUACUUAGACCAGACGACAACGGCGGACUCAAUUCCGAUAUCGUUCACAUUCCUUGUAUGCAUCGAAGGUCCGCCUGAAGCUUCGUCCCAUUCAAUUCAUGAAUAUACAAGUACGGC